AUUGGAACUACUAAACUCCGUGUUGUGUCUGUUUGGUUAAAUUUCAAAAACCCGCCAACUAAGGACUUUCAUCUUCUCCAAAAUCAAAAUCCCCAAUUUUCAAAUUUCACUUCUUUUCUCUCCGCAUUCAUCAAAUCAUACCCUUUUCUUUAAUCAAACCGUCUGAGUAAUUAAUCCAAAAUCAACCGAUCACCCAGGUUUUAUUAGGUGUUUUAUUUUCUGGGUUUUUUACUGAUUGAGGAAAUGAACGUCGGAGACUUAAACAAAGUAUGGGAAAUCAAAACCCUAAAGAGAAAACCUGGAGAAGAAGAAGCCAAAAAGUGUCUUGAAAAAAUUGCCAAACAAGUCCAACCCAUUAUGCGUAAACACAAAUGGCGUGUUAAAGUACUAUCGGAAUUCUGUCCGAAGAAUCCGGCUCUUCUGGGGUUGAAUGUAGGAGGAGGAGUGCACGUCAAAUUGAGGCUUCGUAGACCGAAUAGAGAUUUUGAUUUUUAUCCAUAUGAUAUGGUUUUGGAUACUAUGCUUCAUGAAUUAUGUCAUAAUGCUCAUGGUCCUCAUAAUGCCAGUUUCUAUAAGCUUUGGGAUGAGUUGAGAAAGGAAUGCGAGGAGCUUAUUUCAAAGGGAAUAACUGGUUCAGGGGAGGGGUUUGAUAUGCCUGGUAAGCGAUUGGGUGGGUAUUCUCGACAACCUCCGCUCUCAUCACUUCGUAAAACAGCGUUAGCUGCUGCAGAGAAGAGAUCAAAAUUGAAUUCUAUCUUACCGUCUGGACCAAACCGUCUUGGUGGUGAUAACGCCAUUAUGGCUGCACUUAGUCCAAUACAAGCGGCAGCAAUGGCUGCAGAAAGGAGAUUUCAGGAUGAGAUGUGGUGUGGUUCUCAGUCUACUGAAGCUUCUGAGGACGGAGAAAGCUGUUGUGAUAUUGGGGAUGACCUUGUAGGUGUGAGGCAAUCUGCCGGAUGCUUACAGACAGAUAAUUGUAAAAAAAGAAGUCAUGAAUCAAGUAAUAGUACAGAAUUUCAAUCUUUUAAUGGACAUUCAGAGUCCAAUUUUGUAAAUUUGACCGCAGAUGUUUCAACUUCGGGAUCAAGCUCUGAUCUUCAUUCCAUACCUAAAAAGAGAACUUAUAACUCGUACAGCAGUCCGCUUUCUGGUUCUGCGUUUGUUGAUUUAACGGGUGGCUCAUCUCUGGGGUCAGUAUUAAAUCAUAAUGUAGCUCAUAAUCAAGAGGAGAAUGCUAUGUGGGAGUGUGCAGCUUGCACAUUAUUAAAUCCACCAUUAGCUCCAAUCUGCAAUGUCUGUAGCACGGUAAAGCCGAAGGAUGCAAGUAUAAAAAACAAAACAUGGUCCUGCAAAUUCUGCACAUUAGAGAACUGUGUAAAGUUGGACAAAUGCUUGGCUUGCAAUGAGUGGAGAUAUUCUUACGGGCCACCUAUAUCAACUCCGGCACCUAAUGUCGGCACGUGAGAGGUGGAUAGUCUAUGAACUCUUAAUGCUAAAAUUAAUAGAUCAUUUUGGGUUUUAUUUGAUUUGGAAAUUUUGGCAAUGAUGUGUAUACUUGGGUGCCCAUUGACAACAUUGGUUCCAUUUCCUAAAGAUAGCCUAAGUUUUCUUCAUUAUUA